AUGUCGGUUCCAAUGUUCGAAAGAAGCAAUGACAUGAAACUAACAGUUGGCAGUAUCUCUGCCUAUCCCAGCAAUCUGUCAAUAUGUUAUUUAGAGACAAGAAGUAUUACAUAUGCUUGCGUUGUACAAAAAACUCAGGUGCACACGGUCAACUGGGAUACCAAAAAUGAAAGCGUGAACUGGGACAGUAUCAAUAUAUCGGACACCAGCACCGACAGACCUAUCAAUGUGCUUCAGGCAGCCCUCGUGUUACCCGCAGCUCGCACACUGCCAUUGCUUGUUGUUGGAACAACGUGUGGCGUUCAGAUUUUCGACAUAAGAACACAAAAGUUACUUCAACAAGAAAACAUUGAAACUGGAAUUGAUGAACCGGACGACUCAGCAUUUUGGAAUAGUUUCUGUCGUGGGAUUACCUGUAACAAUAACACAAUCCUAAUAGUUGAAGAUAGCAACUCAGUGAGUUAUGUUUUAAGAGAGACAGUUCGAGCUCAUCGCUACAUGGAAAUUCCGAACAGCUGGCAUCCGAUCACAGCAAUGAACGUCCUACGCAAACAAGCAAUCCUGGGAACUGUUCGUGGGCGAAUUCUGUUCUACUCGGUCACGAAUGGCGAAUUAAUGGCUGAGGUUUGUGCACAUGCAAGAGCAGUCACCUGUAUUUCGGUCGCACCAGAAAGCGCUUAUGUACUGACUGGCUCGGAAGAUGGACGUUUUAUUGUGUAUAAACUGCAUACUAGAAAGCCACAAGCUUAUCAGGUUGAAUACCGAUACUCUGACGAACUUCCAAAUUGUGCCAUAAUGGGAGCUCAGUUCACAAAUGGUCGAGGAAGCAACAUUGCAGUAGCAUGUUUUGAUCAUAACGCUAUUUAUGUAUAUCGCAUUGUUAAAAAAACUGGACCUUGA